CAAAGCCAAAAACCGGGCCUACACACUCUCCCUCUUUCUCUCUCUCUAUCUCUCUCGUGCCUCUCUAUUUCUUUACAAUCUCAUCCUCUUCGAUUCCUCCUUGUCUCGAUCUCAUCCGCCGUCCGGCACCGUCACUGCUGAAAUCAUGAGUGACGAGGGAGAAAGGACUUGCCCACUCUGUGCAGAAGAGAUGGAUCUGACAGAUCAACAACUGAAGCCUUGCAAAUGUGGAUAUGAGAUCUGUGUUUGGUGCUGGCAUCACAUAAUGGAUAUGGCUGAGAAGGAUCAGACUGAAGGGCGUUGUCCAGCUUGCCGUACCCCCUAUAACAAGGAGAAAAUUGUAGGGAUGACAGCAAACUGUGAAAGGUUGGUGGCUGAGAUGAAUAUGGAGAAAAAAAUUAAGUCACAGAAAACAAAAAGUAAGACAUCUGAAGGAAGAAAGCAGCUCAGCAGUGUGCGAGUGAUUCAAAGGAAUCUUGUCUAUGUUGUGGGGUUGCCUCUUAAUCUAGCAGAUGAAGAUCUUCUGCAGCGAAGAGAGUAUUUUGGUCAGUAUGGGAAGGCAAUGAAGGUGUCUAUAUCUCGGACAGCAGCAGGUUCUAUCCAACAUUUUGCAAAUAAUACUUGUAGUGUAUAUAUUACUUACUCAAAAGAGGAGGAAGCAGUUCGAUGUAUUCAAUCGGUACAUGGGUUUGUGUUGGAUGGUAGAUCUUUGAGGGCAUGCUUUGGAACCACAAAGUACUGUCAUGCAUGGCUGAGAAAUGUGGCUUGCACCAAUCCUGAUUGCCUAUAUUUGCAUGAGGUUGGUUCACAAGAGGAUAGUUUCACCAAAGAUGAAAUAAUAUCAGCAUAUACAAGGAGUAGAGUUCAACAAAUUACUGGUGCUACAAAUAAUAUGCAACGGCGUUCAGGGAAUGUUUUACCACCACCAGCUGAUGAGUACUACAUUAACAGCUCCGCAUCCUCAGGAAAACCUAUUAAUAAAAGUGCUUCAAAUAAUCUGCCAACUAGUGUCAGAGGUUCUCCACCAAAUAGCAGCUAUGGUCAACCUGCUGCUCUUCCAGCAGCAGCAUCAUGGGGAAUGCGCGCUUCUAACAGCCAACCAUCUUCUGCAAUUUUAGCAUGUUCCAACAGACCUCAAAAACAGAAGCCUGAAAGUUGUUCAAUGGCAUUUUCAACAGCAGUUGCAGGUGUAACUCAAGUUUCUGUGUUGCAUGGUGAUGCUGAAAAGAAGCUUAAUUCCAAUGAAGAAGGCUGCAUGACCUUUCGUAAUGAUGAGCUGGAGUCACAACCUGACAUACAGUAUGUCGAUGUGGAUUUUCAAGUAAAUGUUUCUGAGGUUCCUGCAACUCGAAGACUUCCUGCUAAACCAACUGUGAAUGGUCAGUCAUGUUCCCCACCUUUAAUUAAGGAUAAGGAUACAGGCAUUGUUGUAUCCUCUUACAUUACAAAUUCUUUUGAUCCUUCUGGUCCUGGUCCAGAUGAAGAAAUGAAUGAUUCUGCAAAUGGAAAUAUCCAGAAUUUAUGUUCUGAUAUGGCUUCAUUGAAUGUUGAUGCACAUCUUGAGGAUGGGAUUGAACAUUCUUGGGAUACAAAGCUGAAUAGUUUUCUCCCUGGUAAGACCUUGGAUAAUUCACCUCAAAAUCAAGGGUUACAGCAAUGUGAUGUUCAGCAAUUCAGAGAACCUUUGUUAUCAGUUGUCUUACCAGAAGCUGUGGCAUCCGCUAAUGAUAUUUGUGUUGCAAGAGAACAACUGGAUCCAAGGUCAGAUUCUCUUAUGAAAAAACGGUAUGAUUGGAGAAUAGAUUCCCGAACCCAAGUUACAAAAACAGAUUCGCAAGUUGCAUUGCCUGAAGGGGAAAAGGACUUGCAAUGUUUUGAAGAUCAGAGGCUCAAGGAUCCAGAAGUUACUAGCACAAGCUACUUCUGUAGUCCAUCUCACCCAUUUCACAUUUCUCAUCAAUCUCGGGUACAUUCUCCUCAGUCAAGUGAACCUUAUGGUUCAACUAGUUAUGGCCGAGAUCCUCAAAUUUCACAUGGUAAAGUUGAUAAAGAACAGAUAUUAUAUUCACCGGGUGUUCCAAAUAUGCCCAAUGGAUACCCUGAGAAUGUAAUAACUGGUUCUGUUGACUCAGACAGGGCACUCAAAUACUCCUAUUCACUUCCAAAUGAAGUAAAAUGGAAGUGUGGAGGAUUUGAAGGCCAAACAGACAAAUCUGACCAAAGUAGAGGUAUUGGAGAGAGCAGCAUAAUAUCAAAUAUUUUGUCCAUGGACUUUGAUUCAUUGGAUGAAUCAUUGGCUUCACCUCAGAAUGUGGCUAAGUUAUUGGGUGAAACUGACAGACAGCAGGGUUCUAUUAAUAAGUUAACAGGUCCCUGGAAGGUGCAAAACAGUGGUCAGUCCAGAUUCUCUUUUGCAAGAGAGGAACAAUAUAAAAAUAAAAUAUUUGGUUUUGCACCCUCUUUGGGUAAUUCUGGGCAACUGCUGAAGGACCAUCCUCCAGGCCAUGAUUUUUCAGAAAACAGACAUUUUAAUCUUGAUAGGCUUGGUGAUUGUAUUGGUAUCCCUAAAUUUAACCUUGAGGAAUCUGAUAAUUUUGCCGGAAGCUAUUCUCGUUUAUCUUCUAAUAAGCUUUCAGUUUCGCGGGCUCAAGUUUCUGCUCCUCCUGGUUUCCCAGUGCAUAGUAGAGCACCACCACCAGGAUUUGAUUCUAAUGAAAGGAUGGAACUUGCUUCUGAUGCAAUAUCUGGCAAUCAUUUGCUCAAUGCUUCCUCCUUGUUGAGAAAUCCAUAUCAGGUACAGCCUGCAGGAAAUAUUGGUAGUUCUGGAGAUAUUGAGUUUAUGGAUCCAGCAAUUUUGGCAGUUGGCAAAGGGAGAAUGCCCAGUGGGCUUAAUAAUGCUGCCAGUUUAGACAUGAGAUCAAACUUCUCUUCACCGAUCAGUGCCUUUGAGAAUGAGUCUAGACUUCAGAUGUUGAUGCAAAGGUCUCUUUCUCCUUUGCAGCACCAAAGAUUUACUGACAGGGGAGAUGGUUUUGCUCCCAAUACUGAUGCUUAUGGAGUUCCUUCAAGUAUUAUGGAGCAAACACUGGCCAGCAACCUGUCCUCGUUUUCACAACACACUCUUCAACAGCCAAUAACUACACUGAUGUCAAAUGGUCAGUGGAAUGGUUGUUAUGAGGCUCAGGGUGGAAAUGAUCUGCCUAUGGCUGAGUUCUUAAAAACUGAGAGACUUGGAUUUAACAAGCUCCAUUCUGGGUAUGAGGAUUCAAAGUUCCGGAUGCCAAGUUCAGGCAAUCUAUACAACAGAAUGUAUGGGUUUUGAUGAAUUGUUGAUUUAUUUGUUUGGAAAAUAGUGGGCUUAAUCAGAGGAACAGAAAGAUCAUUAAAGUUAUGGCCUUGUUUGAGAAAGAUGAAAGUGGUGAGUGGUAUGACUUUGUGGAUCUCAUUGUUGAUGGAUCAAACCCUUAGAAACAAGGGUUUGCCAGAAAACAGCAGUGAAGCAAGCCGAAUAUUAAGGUUUGCUGCAAAUCGUUGACUGGUGAGUGCCCUAAAGAUCAGAUAAGGCCGGUUAUCGUCUUGAUUUUGAAUGUAUGUUCUCCUACUGAGUGAAGAAAAGAUCGCCCAGAUGUAACAAAUGAAAUUUUGGAAGUAACUUCUAAGCACAACAGGAGCCAGUUCAGCCAAGUUCUUUCUGCUUCAAAGUUGUGAAUGUUUUUGUUUGUUUGUUUGUUUGUGUGGUUUUUAAGGUUUGUGUUGCUUUUAAGAGUGGAAAUACAGCCGUUUCGCCCCUUUUUUCUGCCCUCUUAAUUAGAUUACCCAUAGUGUCUAGCCCUCUGUAAAUGGAUGUUCUGAUCUUUUUUUUUUUUUUUUUUAAUUUGUUACCCCCCCUCUUCUUAAUUUAUUUGGAUGAAUCGGGACUUGUUCAUAUCAUACUUUGAAAAGUUAAUAUUAAACUAUUAUAGAUGUCUCAAGCAAGAUCAACUUGGAACUGCCUUCUUCCCGAUCCAAGCUAUAGUAUUAAGAUGAUGUUGGUCGGGUCGUUCUGGCUAAGGCUAGGCUUAAAUUUGAGUGACUUUGCCUAUGAAAUUAUGUCUAUAUGAUUGCCAAGUGACUAGUGUUGAGGCAAUAUUUCCUUCUAUAUCUUAAAAAAUAAAAGAGCACAAUCCUAACUACUGAGCAACACAAUUCUCAUAUUUUCUUGUAUAUUCAGAACCAGAAAAAUUAUAUGAUCAAAGAAAAUUGCGAAUUCCCUUCGUCAAUUUAAUAAUGUUUCAAAUUUUCUAUAAUAUGUAUUCACAAUGAUAAUCGUAAUAUGAUAAUAGAUGAGAAGUAUUGUGUUGCAUGAAUGAA